GCUCAUGAUGAAAAAGAAUAGGGGACAAAUGAACAGCAGCAACACACCUGAUUGUGCCUUGCUUUAACACAUGAAUUCUAUAGGAUUUGCUUCAAAACACGUUUAACAAACGACCAGAGAAGACAUCAGACUGCUGGAAAAUGCUCUGGGACUUUGCUUUUUUCAAGGAUUCCACUUUUUUCGGAUUUGGGAAAACUACCUACAGAUCUUGAACCAUAUUGCCUAGAGAGGUGUAAAGAUUAUUUCUUAAUCAGUCCUGAUGUUUGCAAUGGAAGGCAUGCCGGUUAUGGACUGCCUGAAGGACUUUAAUCACUGAGGUUGAAGCGGGAGAGAGAAGUGGAUUUAUCCUUUUUUUUUAUUUGGAGGCACAGGUCGCUAGUGGACCACAGAGACCAAAGUGGUCAACAUGUCUAUUUGGGUGAUCUUACCCAUCAGUUUACCUGUCUUCACCAUCACUGGAAUAUGGGUUGUAUAUGCCAUGGCCCUCUACAACCAGCAUGUCUGCCCCGUGGAUAACUGGCUGUAUAAUCAGUCGUGUGAGGAGAAGCUGUCUCUACAGAGGGGUCCUGUGCUGUGCUGUACCCUGGACAAUGUCCCACUCAUCAGUAAGUGUGGGACCCUGCCCCCUGAGAGUUGCUUCUUCAGCCUCAUCUGCAGUACUGGAUGCUUCAUGGUGAUGUUGAUAGGGCUGCUGCGGUAUGCCCACGUCAUAGAGAAGCACCAGAACUGUGUCCUCAACACGGCCAGCCUCUCCACUGGCUGGAUCUGUGCUGCAGGACUCAUCAUGGUGGGCAACUUCCAGGUGGAUUAUGCUAAAGUGCUACACUACGUGGGUGCAGGGGUGGCUUUUCCCACCAGUAUACUGUUUGCAUGUCUGCAGUCAGCCCUGACCUACCGGCUGGCCAAGACCCAGGGGGAGUACAACGUGGGCCACCUGCGACUCGGGAUGAGCCUGCUAGCCUUCAUCACCCUGGUUCUCGGCGGUGUCUUCUUCAUCCAGGAGAGCUUUGCCCUGCAGCACGCCUCCGCCAUCCUUGAGUGGCUCUUCUGCAUCAUCAUCAUGCUCUUCUUUGGGACCUUUGCUUUUGAGUUUGGGGACAUGUCCGGGGACACCCUGAUGGUGCUGGCCAGAGGAGGGGGUGUUCAGGGCUUCUCUAGCAGUGACCACAAGGCUGAGGAGGCAGGAGGGCCCAACCACCACUACCAACCAGAUGGCAUAGCCAUGCUGUAGGCCUAUCAAAGCGAGGCUACGGGGCCACUGACCAAUCACAAACAGGGUGGAAGUGGGAAGAGUGGAUGCCUGACCGAUCAUAGUCCACCAGAGGUCAUGAAGACGACGGACCCUGCAAAUGGACCUGCUCGGUAUUUCAGAUAGCUAAAGUACCCAAAGCUUUUCUAACCAAUGACUAAUAUCAUGUUAUUGCCAUAUUUGUACUGCGUUGCAGCAGAUAGUACAGGGUGGAUUGCCCAACAUGUGAUGUUACUAGUGCCUUUUGGAACACAGGCAGGCACACACAUACACACACACACACACAACACACACACACACACACACAUAGACCUUCCUUGUCCUUUCCUUUCAUCAUUAUGUGAUCACUCUUAAUUACGAGAACUUGUUGGCUUGCCUUGUACCAAAUCCGAUGUCUUGAGUGCCUGUAAAGCCUCCCGAGUGGCGCAGUGGUCUAAGGCACUGCAUCGCAGUGCUAGCUGUGCCACUAG